AUUGGGGCCAGAGCAAUUCUAAAACCCUAGUUCCACUGUAGAACGUCUCUCCAUUAGGGUUUUACGACCACCGCCGCGGAGAUCGAGAGAGAGAGGUAGGGAUGGGGAAGACGACGUACAUGAGGUUGAGGGGGAGCCGCCACCUUCGGCAGCGGCUGGUGCUGGCGACUCUCACGGCGACGCCGAUCGUGGUGAAGGAGAUCCACUCCGACGACACCUUCCCGGGGCUGCGACCCCACGAGGUCUCCCUCUUCCGCCUCCUCGAGAAGAUCACGGACCACUCCUUGAUCGAGUUCGGCGAAAGCGGGACGGAGUUGCUAUACAAGCCCGGAGUUUUGAUCGGGGGAAAGAAUCUCGUGCACGAUUGCGGUUUGAGCCGCUCGAUCGGGUACUUCCUCGAGCCGCUGAUACUUUUGGGGCUUUUCGGGAAGAAGCCCCUCUCUAUUAGGCUCAAAGGAAUUACUAAUGAUUCCAAGGACCCGUCUGUCGAUACCUUUCGGACUACCACGUUGCAUAUGCUUAGGCGCUUUGGUGUUCCUUUAGAAGGGCUGGAGCUGAAAAUAGAAAGUCGUGGUGCUCCUCCUCUUGGCGGCGGAGAGGUCCUUCUUCGAGUUCCUAUCAUCCCUAAUACAUUAACGGCAACGCAUUGGGUGGACGAAGGGAUGGUUAAGAGAAUUAGAGGGAUAACAUUCUCCACGAGAGUGUCUCCUCAGAUUGGAAAUCGUAUGGUGUAUGCUGUACGUGGAGUCUUCAAUAACUUCAUACCGGAUGUUCAUAUCUUCACCGAUCAUAGAUCUGGUCCGGCUGGGGGAAGGUCACCGGGAUAUGGCAUGUCUUUGGUUGCGGAGACUACUACAGGUUGUUUGAUAUCCGCGGAUAUUGCAAGUACUGAAAAAGCGGAUGAAAUGGAUGAAGACACUGAGGAGAAGCCGGAAGUUAAAACUCCGGAGGAUAUUGGUAUUGAAGUUGCUUCUAUCUUGCUUGGAGAGAUCAAGCAGGGAGGAGUAGUUGAUUCUACCCACCAGGGCUUGUUAUUUCUUCUUUGUGCUCUAUGCCCGCCGGAUGUAUCAAAGGUUCGCGUGGGAGCGCUCACACCCUACGGCAUAGAAACGCUUAGAAAUAUCAGGGAUUUUCUCGGAGUUAAGUUUGUCAUCAAGCCCGAUACGAGUACGAACACAGUUAUACUAAAAUGCGUCGGAUCCGGGAUGAAAAAUAUAGCUCGAAAGAUUUCAUGAGUCUUUAUUUGUUCUUAUUACUUUGUAUUCUUUAGUUACAUUACAGGUUAAGUACUUAUUAGCGAACAUUUUGGCAACAAAGCGUAAUUCUGAAUUGUUCAGUUAUUUUGCGAAAUUUUGAAAUUUUAGUCUUAAUUACAAGGUAGAUACACAUUUGUAUCAAUUACAUUGCCGAAGAUUUGUACAGUAUCACUUACCAUAUUUA